UUAGUUGUCAUUUGUCAUUUUAAAUGUUUUCUAAUAAGGUAUAAGCGUUGUCUCCUACUUAUUUUUGUGUGCCAUUAAUUUCAUUUACUUUAAAUUCGUACUGAAAUGAAGAAAGUGAAGAAGUUCAACGUCGGCGAUAAGGUGUUUGCCAAAGUUAAGGGAUAUCCGGCCUGGCCUGCCCAAAUAGUUAAAGUUGUUGGCAAGAAGUACAAUGUUCUAUUUUAUGGAACUAAUGAAACUGGUUCAUUGAAACCGGAAGAUAUUUUCUAUUAUCUUAAGCACAAGGAAAAAUUUGCAAAAAACCCAAAACGUAAAGACUAUAAAGAUGCAGUUGAUCAAAUUGAGGUUGAUAUUGAAGCAGCAGGAACUGACGGUGACAAUGAAUCGAAUACAACAGAUGUGACAACAGAUCUUGAUGAUACACAGGAAGAAGUCAAAAAGGGUGGAAACAAGAGGAAGAGGUCAUCAAUAUCUGUUGAGGGUAAAAAUGAAAAGAUGAUUAAAUUGGAUCCAGAAGUGCAUACUAAAGAUGAUGAUGUUGCAAAGGAAAAUACAAAUUCUGUUUUGGAUAAUAAGGAAGUUGAUCAGAGUUCUGAUAAUGUAGAGAAUAAGGAAGUUGAUCAGAGUUCUGAUAAUGUAGAAAAAGUGGAAGUUGAUCAGAGUUCUGAUAAUGUAGAAAAAGUGGAACAAGAAAAGGAAGCAAAAGAAGAAAAGGUUGAAGAGCAUAUUGAAAAGGAACAGAAAGUAGAAAAAGAGGAAGAAGAACUAAUUGAAGAAAUUAAGGAAGAGGAAUCAGUUGAAAAGGAGCCAAUAGUAAAUAAUGAAGAGAAGUUAGAUGUCAAUGCAAAGACCACUUUAGAAAAUGUAGAAGUGAAUGAGGAUAAGGAAAAUCUAGAUGAUGAAAAUAAGGAGAAUAUUGAAAAAGCAAUACCUAAGGUUGAAGAGGAUGCAAUGGAUGAAGAUGAAACUGUCAAAAAUGAAAUAUCAGAUGAAAAUAUUGUGAAUAAUAUAGAUAACAAUAAUGAUAAAGAAAAUAGUGAAGUCAAAGAUGUGAUAAACGAUUCUGCGAAGAAAACUUAUGAACAAAUAAAUAUUAAUGAUAGUAAUAUCCAAUUAAUUCCUGAAUUCUAUUUUAACGCGUUAAAAAAAUACGCGGAGAGAAUCAAAAAGAAAGAGGAUAUAUUUAAAGAUCAAAAACCUGAUCCUGAAUCAAUUGAAGAUGUCUACGGUGAUAAGAUAAAUAUUUUGCCAGUGAAAAUUUCUGCAGACAAAUUUGUUGGUAUCAAAUAUAAUCCGAGACCAUUGAUAAACUAUGAGUCGGAAUUUGAUCGCGGCAUCGGAGAUGGAAAACAUGCUGAGGAAAUUCUGGAGUUACAGGAAAAGUUGUCGAAGAACGAGCAUGUCGAUUCCGAACUUAUUCUUGAGAUACAGCCGUGCGACGACAAAGAAAUCGAGAACAAGAUGAAUCUGAAUGUUCUGAAGUAUAAGCAGGAUAAAUUGGAAUGGCUCAAAAAUGAUACCGAACUUUACCGUUGUACGAUGGUCAUAAAGACGGUUCUUGGUUUGGAAAAAGCAUUUCCCAAGGAGGCGAUUAAACAUUUGAAAAUCAUGGCCGAUCUGCAAGUCGAUCAAUUGACGUUAUUGAAGCAUCCCCAAUUCUUUGAUAUGACCAAGAGAUUGCUGAAAUACGUUGGAAACGUUGAGAGUUGGAAUUACAAUGGAGAAGAAUUAGUUACCUUUGAAGAUGAUGCCAAAAUGAUACGAGAACUCGCAAAACAGUUGUUCGAUAAAUUCAAGGCAUUAUUUCCCUACAAAGAUGAUGAAAAGUUUGUAGAGAAGUUUGAGAAGGAAUCGCAGGAUUUGAAAGUCCAAACCAAGGAAUUGGACAAAUCGCAAUUUUUCGCCAUGUCUGCACGACCAAACACUCGAAAAUUUCUGAUGGAGAACAUUUACGAGCUCUUGGAUUCCGCUGAAGAAAUAAAACUGCCAUUUAAUGAAGAUGACACAUAAUAUAUUAUAAACAAACAAUAAUAAGAAAUUAUUUCAAUUAUGUCUGUGCCUUUCGUGUUUGCGAUAAUCUCUGCGACGAUCGUCUCUCAU